AAAAGGGGGCUGGCAGGGGCCGCGCGGCUCAUUCGCGGCUGGCACUGGAAGUGUAAGGUGGGGUGGGAGCAGGGAGAGCCCCGCCGCGCCCGUCCGCCUAUCGCCCUAACGGCCGCCUCACCGCCCUUUCCCCGCACCAGCACCAUGAAGACCAAAUUCUGUAACGGCGACGCCGACCCGUCCCCGCUCGGGCUCCUCCUCGGCUGCAGCCCCGGUUCUGCCGGCGGCGGGGGCGGUGGUGUUCUCCCCGCCGGUGGGGGUGGGCAGUCCCCUUCGGCUCUCCCUCACGCCGAGCCCGAGGGGAAGGAGCCCGUCCCGCCGCCUUCCUCCCUGCUGGCCCGCGAGGAGGAACCGCCGCUCGACCCCCGCACACGGCGCAGGGCCUAUCUGUGGUGCAAGGAGUUCCUGCCCGGCGCCUGGCGGGGGCUGCGGGAGGAGCAGCUGCGCAUCGACCCCAUCAGAGGUGGCCUCAGCAACAUGCUGUUUCAGUGCUCUCUACCUGAUACCAUUGAGACAGUUGCAGAUGAACCACGGAAAGUUCUCCUGCGCUUAUAUGGUGCAAUCCUGCAGAUGAGGUCCUGUAAUAAAGGAGAGUCUGUACGGUCUCAGAAGGAAAAUGACUUGCAAGGGGCAGAAGCCAUGGUUUUGGAAAGUGUUAUGUUUGCCAUUCUUGCAGAGAGAGCUCUUGGUCCAAAGCUGUAUGGAAUCUUUCCACAAGGGCGACUGGAGGAAUUUAUUCCCAGCAGGAAACUAAGUACUGAAGAACUAAGCUUACCUGACAUAUCCGCUGAAAUAGCUGAGAAGAUGGCUAGAUUUCAUGGCAUGAAAAUGCCAUUUAAUAAAGAACCGAAGUGGCUUUUUGGGACAAUGGAAAAGUAUCUAAAUCAAGUGCUGAGGAUUAAAUUUACCAGAGAAUCCAAAACUAGAAAACUGAACAAACUCCUCAGUUACAAUCUACCUCAGGAGAUGAAAAAUCUGAGAGCUAUGCUUGAAGCUACUUCAUCACCGGUUGUAUUUUGCCACAAUGACUGUCAGGAAGGUAAUGUCUUGCUUCUGGAAGGCAGAGAGAAUUCAGAAAAACAAAAGCUGAUGCUCAUUGACUUUGAAUACAGCAGCUAUAAUUACCGAGGUUUUGACAUUGGAAAUCACUUCUGUGAAUGGAUGUAUGAUUACACAUAUGAGAAGUAUCCAUUCUUCAAAGCUAGUGUUCUGAAAUAUCCUUCAAAGAAGCAACAGCUUCACUUUAUUUCUAGUUACCUGUCUGCAUUCCAUGAUGGCUUUGAAAAUCUGAGCAAUGAAGAGAAAUUCAAGCUAGAAGAGGAAGUGUUGAUAGAAGUUAACAGGUUUGCCCUUGCAUCACACUUCUUCUGGGGUCUGUGGUCUAUUAUACAAGCAAAGAUCUCAUCCAUUGAAUUUGGUUACCUGGAAUAUGCAUUAUCCAGAUUUGAUGCAUACUUUGAUCAGAAGAAGAAGCUGAAGGUGUGAAUGUGAGAGGAGUGGCCUGUUGGUUACUGUAUGAAGAGGGCAGCUGGACAGAACUUUCACUGUGCUUAGGCUACUGUAUCUGUAACGAAGGUGUCACUGACUUCCAGUUCCUUGGAAGGCAGGUGUACAAUACUGAAGACUGUAUAGAAAUGACUUGUUUACAGUUUCAUAACUACAUGGAAUGAGAUGGGGAGGCAAAAGUAAAAAUACAACAGUGCAAUAUCUUUAAAUCCUUUUAAUCUAGAAGGUAUUUUAUAUUGUGGGAGAAGCUUACAGUUAAGUGUCAAUACCAUGUGCAUUAGAGCAAACAGUGUUACUAUGAGUAUGUUUUCUAGGGGUGUGCUGAAAUUAGGGUGACUGUUGUAAGCAGAACAGCUGUGAUGAUGCAUUGUAGACACUGCCUCUUAAUGAGAAGGAAAAGCAAAGGAGACAAUUGUUAUACUGUGAAGUAGGCUUCAAAUCUUACUGUGAGAUCAGAUUCAACAUGCCCCGUGAACACUAUCUUCAAAGCUGCUGAUAUGUUACACCACUUUAACCAUAAAACAACUAAACACACUGAAGCGGUAUGCUUUAAGGUGUUAUCUACAUAGACAUGAAUGUUUCUCUUAAGCUGGUGUGCCUGUGAAGUGUGAAUGAACUUUGAACUGGACAUUCUGAAGGAGUUUGUCUUGAACUGUUCAUUCCAUAUCCUUUGAGAACAUGCUUUAGCCCGGCCUGGUUGUCUCUUAAAAUGCUGCGUCCUGCACAGGGGGUUUUGUGGGCUGGCAGCACUGGGAAGAGUGCCUUGAAUUACUCUAGCUACUCCCCAGACAACUGGAUUGACGUUGACAAUACUUGUAAUUGGAGCCCAUCUCUCUUCUUGACUUGUUGCCACAGUACAUGGCUAUAAGGAACAGUAGAGCCAAAGACUGCGGAGAACACUUCAGGAAAUUGCUGUUCUGUCCAUCCAAUGCUUAUGUGGCUUGGGAGGUGCUUUCCUUGUACCUCCAAUUUUCAUGUUCCAGCAAUCCAGUAAAGUGGAGCAUCUUGUGGGGAACAAUAAUGUGUAUAUUGAAACUUGAGUAUAAUCUGUGUACGUCAUCUAAAGAUUUCUUUAGAUUUUUUGGGGGAACUCGUUUAUUUUGAACGUUAUUUGUUUGUGCUUUCUAACACUGUAUUAUAAAUAAUAAACUUUUAAGUCUACCCUUUUUCAUUUGUAUAGCAAAUACUGUUCCAAGCAGUUGAAGAAAAUGUGCAGCAUUUCAUGUACUGUAUAGCAUAACUUGUAAAAGCUGUCAUUUUAUUCUCUAGUAUAGAGAAUCAUUUUGCAUAUACAACUAUUAAUACUUUAUAAUAAAUAUAAAGCACUUAA